AUGAACAAAGGAGGGGACACUGUACCUGGACUUUCUCCGGCAUUGUUCUGGUGCGACGGAAAUGUUUCUGGCGACCUAUCGAUCUACCAUGACGAGGACGUGCGGCGGUAUGCCCUGAUAGCUACCGUCGCUUCAACCUCCCCUUACACCCUUCAACGAACUCCGCUGGACAAGUUGCUGAUUGCACACAAGAAAAAGGAGAAGAUUGUCAAAGAGUUCCAAAAUGUGAACAACUUCCACAAGUCCAUGAAAGACCCGUUCUCGAAUUCUUUCCCGCAUGGCUACUGCAGACCAAUGUGCAAGGGAUCUUUCGCAAAAUCCCACAACGACAUCUUUAUGAAGAAAGCUGGAGAACGGAACAUCAUCGCAGUCAUCUUACAAUGCCUCAAAUGA